AUGACAGCUUUGGUCACAGAUUUUGGGAUUUCAAGAUUAGUAAAAUCUGCUGAGGAAAAUACUAAUCCGGUCGACGAAUCAGUUUCUUACAACUCAACAGAUGGCUGGCUUUGUGGAUCAAUUGGUUACAUUGCUCCUGAAUAUGGAAUGGGAAGGAGGGCUUCAACAAAAGGAGAUGUAUUUAGCUUUGGAGUUCUGUUACUCGAGAUUGUGACAGGGAGACGUCUCACGGACACUCUUUUUCAACAAGGCUUGAGUUUGAACGAAUGGGUGAAGAGUCAGUAUUCGCAUAAAAUCGAGACUAUGAUUGAAGAAACACUACAAAGAUGUGCAACUUGUACAAUAAUUCCAUCCGAUCAUAGCAAUAUAUGGCAUGAUAUCGUGUUGGAGCUGAUAGAACUUGGCCUAGUGUGCACUCAGUACAAUGCACCAACUAGGCCAACAAUGUUAGAUGUUGCACUUGAAAUUGGCAGUAUAAAACAGUAUCUUUCAAGUCCUUCCAACAUUGUUUUUGAAGAUGUCACAACAAAAAAUGAAGAUAAGGCGCUCUUCAGCAAAAGGCAAGGCUACCGAAAAAAGGAUGAGGAGAGAAACUCUCGACCAGGGGUAGACCAGAAGAAUCAGCAUCAAAGAAGCCAUAUAACAAGAAAGCAAACAAAAGUUUCAACAACCAACAAAGAGACAAGUGCUACAAUUGCGGAAAGAAAGGACACUACACCAGAGAUUGUUGGUACAAGAAAGCAAGGUAAUGUAGCUACUUCUACCCAAAACAAGCAAGAUGAAGAAGAAGCUUGGGAUUUUGAGACUUCUUAUGCAAUUGAAAUCGACAGAAAGAGCUUGUCACCUAUCACUCUGACGAAGAAAAGGAGUUUGCACUUGCAACUGUAA